AAUUUCGUGAAAAUGAAUCUCAUAGAGGCGCUGAAACUGGUGCAAAUGCAUUGAAAGCUUUAGGUAUAUGUUAACGUUUCUAAUAAAACAUUAUAUUGUACAAAAUAUUAUCUUUCUUAAAUAAUAAUGGGUAUUAUAAAUGAUAAACCAAACGUCAGUGCAGAAUCAAAAGAUGUGCAAAAAUCUGAUAAACCAUUGAAACCUUGUUGUGCUUGUCCUGAAACGAAAAAAGCAAGAGAUGAUUGUAUUAUUACUAAAGGUGAAGAAAACUGCAGGGAUUUAAUAGAAGAACAUAAAACUUGUAUGCGAUCACUAGGAUUUAACAUAUAAAUAAAUAUAUAAAUAUUUAUUACUGUAGAUGAUGUAACAAAUUCUCAGGUUAUAUUUUGUUUGUAGAAACAAACUUUGUAUUUGAAUAAAUAAUAUUUAAUUUAUAC